AUGACGGUGAACAACGUGAGCCUGCUGCCGGGCUACAUGCUGGAGCGCCAGGUGUACUUCAAGCACCGCAGCGCGCGCUUCUUCCGCACGCGCUCCUACGCGCUCUCGCAGCUCAUCGCCAGCCUGCCACUCUCCAUCGUUGAGGCGACCAUCUGGUCGGUGCUGGUGUAUUUCCUCUCGGGCCUCACGCUCUCCGACUACGGAGCGCACUUCUUCAUCUUCCUCUUCGUCCUCUCCCUCGUGGCCAUUCACGGCGCUGCCAUGAUCCGCUUCAUCGCCUUCACCUCCCGCACCCUCCGCUCCGCCGCCUUCGCUGCGGCCAUCUUCAUGGGCCCCGGCAUGUUCCUCUUCGGCCACAUCCUUGUAGCCAAGGCGCUUAUACCGAGUUUCUGGAUCUGGCUAUACUGGAUCAACCCCAUGCAGUGGGCGUCGACGGUCCUAGCGAUCAACGAGCAGCGGAAGUACGUUCCUGUGCAGUUCUGCCCAGCUCCUGCACUCGUCCCGACCAACAUGCCGUACUGUGUGGGGCGCGAGAACUGGCCGAUCGGCCGAGCGUACAUGGAAGAGUACAGCUGGAACUACGAAUGGGGGUAUUUGAUCGCAGGGCCGUUUGUGAUUCUCGCGUGGAUUGCCAUUUGGACGGUGGGGACGUUUCUGAGCAUGCGGCCGCAGCACUACAGCACCUUUGCUGCGCCCGUGAGAGUGCUCUCAGAGGCCAAGCGCGGAGGGAAGCGGGCUGGUGCGAGGGAGGAGGGGAACGGGAAUGGGACUGGGGGAGGAGCAACUGGGGGAGGAGCAACUGGGUCAGUAGCAGCGAGGGUUUUGGGGGCAGUUACGGCUGCCAUGGGGGGUUCAUGGCAGCGGAGGGGCAGUGGGAAGGAGGGAGCAGCAGCGGGCGGAGGAGAGGGCACCUCCCAGAAGAAGCCUGGCGGAGCAGAGGAGCAGGGAGGGAUGGGAGGGCAUUCGAGCUACAGGGAUGUGGAGUGGGGUCCUGGUCCUGCCGUUUCGAGGGACGGCCAUGGAAGCUCAACAGCAGAAGAAGCAGCAGUGGCAGCGGCGGCAGCAGCGGCAGAGGCAGCAGGGGCAGCAGAGGCAGCGAUCAUGGACUGCAACAUUCCCUUCACCCCGUACAUCAUCACGUUUGAAAACCUCUCCUGCUCCGUGCCGCUGCCCUGCCCGCCCGAGAACGCCUGGGGGAAGUCUUCGGUGGGCGCUGGUGGGGAGGCGAGGAGGAGGAGUGAGGCGAGCCGGUGCCUGGUGCGGGGGGUGACGGGGUGGGUGAAACCGGGGGAGGUGACAGCUGUGACGGGCGCCAGGGGCACAGGCAAGACCACUCUGCUCAACUGCCUUGCAGGCCGCAAGAUACCCGGCAAGGUGAAUGGCCGACUGCUGGUGAACGGAAAGCCAAGGGACCUCCCAUCGUUCCUGCGCACCACUGCAUACAUCCAAGGCGCCGACCUCCUCUACCCGCUGCUCACCCUGCGGGAGAGCCUGCUGUACCGCACCACCCUCACUCUCCCCGACCAAGUACAAGACGAGCAACGCCGCGCGUUCGUCGCGCAGAUUUUGUCUCUUACGGAGUUUACGGGCGGCAUGGCGGACAGCCUGGUGCAGGAUAUUCUGGCGGACGGCGUGGGGUCGGCGUAUGUGGAGAAGCGGAUCGUGUUUGCAAUGGAGAUGGCGGGCAACCCCAGCGUCGUGUUCUUUGACAUGCCGUUCCUGCGCAUGGACACCACUGAAGUGGCUAAGUUCUCCGGCAUGCUCAAGCACGUGGCGGCAGCAUGGGGGAGAGCGAUGGUGGUGGUGUCGAACGCGGUUACCGCCUUCCAUCUGAACGCCUUCCACUCGCUGCUCAUGCUGGGCAGCGGGGGGGACAUGGUCUACUUUGGGCCAGCGGGCAGGAACGGGAACGCACUGGUGGAGUAUUUCUCAGCCAUCCCGGGCACGCCCCCAGUGCCCCCACACACGAACCCCAUCAUAUUCAUCGAGCACCUGCUGGGGGACGACGCCACUGCCACCCGGCAGCGCGCCACCGCGUGCGACUACGCCGUGGAGUACCGCGUCUCCGAUCUCGCUAUGCUCAACGCCCACCGCCUUUCCGCUCUCCGCCGCGGCGGCGCUGCUGCUGCUGCCGCCUUUGCUGACCACGCCGCUGCUGCCAAUCUCGAGGCUGCCAAGUCAAUGGGCAGGGAUGCUGCUGCUGCUGCCGCUGCUGCUGCCGCCGCUAGUGGCGGUGGUGAGAGUGGGAGGGGAUUCGUUGAAUCAGGAGCGGGUGGCAUGGAGCACGAGAGCGCCAGCCUGGCAAUGGUGGCGUCUGACUCAGCGUGGUCCCUUGCUGCGUUGGAGCAGGAAGAAGCAAUAGCAGCCAAGGGGGCAGAAGCCUUAGCAGGGUCAGUGAGCGGGCGUGACACCGGUGCUGCUGCUGCUGCGGCUGUUGCUGCUGCUGCUGGUCUGACUGGAAGUGAGUCUGCGGAGGGAGAGGGAGAAGGAGGAGGGGGUGGAGGAGGGUGGCUGAAAGCCAAAGGCAUGAUUCGACGCCGAGCAGCAUCCGCUGCAGCAGCAGCUGCGAUAGUGUCAAACGCAGCAGAAUCCCACGCAGCAGCAGCCGCAGCAGCAGCAGCAGCAGCAGCAGCAGAAGCGGAAGCAGCGGCAACAGCAGCAGCGGAAGCAGAAAGCACCCCCAACGAAGAAGCCACGCCAGCCGAGCCGCUCCUCCUCAUGCCCGCGCUGCCGCCCGUGGCAGUGAAGCUCCCGAGCCCAUGGCGCAAGCUGAUGGCGGUGCAGUACAGCAUCCACCUCUUCUACUGGCGCAACACCUCGCACUCCCUCAACCGCAUCAUCCAGUCCUCCAUCCUCGGCCUCCUCAUCGGCUCGCUCUUCUCCCAAUACCCCGUGCACAACCUGCUGCAGGUGAGGGCACAACCUGCUGCAGGUGAGGGGCACAACCUGCUGCAGGCCACCACAGCACAGGAGUUCCCCUCACAGUACUGGCGUUCGGCACGACGCGGCACGGAGGCACGAGAGAGGGGGGCUGGCCAUUCUGAUCUGCUCCCUUUUGCACCCCUCCUCUCCCACCAACCAUCCCCCUGUGCGCCCCACGUCUCUUGUGCAGGCCACCACAGCGCAGGCGUUCCCCUUCGCAGUGCUGGCGUUCGGCACGACGCGGCACGGAGGCACGAGAGUGGGGGGCUGGCCAUUCUGAUCUGCUCCCUUUUGCACCCCUCCUCUCCCACCAACCAACCCCCUGUGCGCCCCACGUCUUUUAUGCAGGCCACCACAGCGCAGGCGUUCCCCUUCGCAGUGCUGGCGUUCGGCACGACGCGGCACGGAGGCACGAGAGCCACCACAGCGCAGGCGUUCCCCUUCGCAGUGCUGGCGUUUGGCACGACGCUGCACGGAGGCACGGCGGUGGGGCUGGUGAAUCAGACCAAGAAGGUGUUCACCCAGGAGCGCAUCUACAACCAGCACUUUGCUUUCCUCUACACGCUGGGCUACACCGUGGUUGAGAUCCCCUACCUGCUGCUCACCUCCCUCGCACUCGUGUCAGUGGCAGCGCCACUGGCGGGCCUGGCAGUGAGCAGCGCGGCGCUCUUCUUCUCCUUCGGCCUCACGCAGUUCCUGGCCGCUCUCUCCGUCACCUACUUUGGCUUCAUGCUCUCCGUGCUGCUGCCCCACCCCAAGUACGGGGCAGUGGUGAUUUCCUUCUUCAUCACGGCGUGGGUGGCGACGUGUGGCUUCUUCCUGCCCUACGCCUUCACCAAAAACUUCUUCCUCGCCGUCUAUUGGACCAACCCCAUCCAGCUUUACCAAUCACCGCCCCUUUCUCUCUUCUUCUUCGCUGCACUCCUCCCAUCACCCAUCCUUCCCAUACCAGGCCUGUCUUCCCUCCUCAAUCUUUCUCCCUGCAACCAUUUCCUGGCCUACAGACCUACUGUUGUCCAGGCACAGUGUAGUCACUUGUCAGGAUUCUCUCAACUCCUGUGGCAUCGCCUCUGCACCAAUCUCCCCUCUCUCCUCUCUACCCCCAUCCCUCUCUUUCCCUCUGUCCUCAUCCCUCUCCUUCCCUCUGUCCUCAUCCCUCUCCUUCCCUCUGUCCUCAUCCCUCUCCUUCCCUCUGUCCUCAUCCCUCACCUUCCCUCUGUCCUCAUCCCUCUCCUUCCCUCUGUCUUCAUCCCUCUCCUUCCCUCUGUCUUCAUCCCUCUCCUUCCCUCUGUCUUCAUCCCUCUCCUUCCCUCUGUCCUCAUCCCUCUCCUUCCCUCUGUCUUCAUCCCUCUCCUUCCCUCUGUCUUCAUCCCUCUCCUUCCCUCUGUCUUCAUCCCUCUCCUUCCCUCUGUCUUCAUCCCUCUCCUUCCCUCUGUCUUCAUCCCUCUCCUUCCCUCUGUCUUCAUCCCUCUCCUUCCCUCUGUCUUCAUCCCUCUCCUUCCCUCUGUCUUCAUCCCUCCCUCUCCUUCCCUCUGUCUUCAUCCCUCUCCUUCCCUCUGUCUUCAUCCCUCUCCUUCCCUCUGUCUUCAUCCCUCUCCUUCCCUCUGUCUUCAUCCCUCUCCUUCCCUCUGUCUUCAUCCCUCUCCUUCCCUCUGUCUUCAUCCCUCUCCUCCCCUCUGUCCUCAUCCCUCUCUCCCCUCUCUCCCCAUCCCUCUCCCCCUCUGCCCCUAUCCCCGUUCCCCCACGCAGUACGCCCUGAACGGCCUCACAGCAACAGCCUACUACUGCAACACCUCUGCACCGGAGUGCACCAUUCCGGGCUGCCCCGGCACCAGUUCAGCCUGCGACAGCUGUCCCUGCAAGUGGUACCUCAACCCCAUCAGCGGCCCUGAGUAUCUGUGGAACUUCCUCGUCGCCACCAAGUCGGCACGCAGUGCCGUGCACUGGGACUGGCUCUUCCUCCUCUGCUUCUGCGUCUUCUGCCGCGUCACUGCCUUUGCUGCGCUGCGCUUCCUGCGCCAUAACCACCGGGCAUGA